AUGGAAAAUAAAAUAUCAUGCAUAUAUCCGAAUAAACCUACUGGUUGUAUAAUAAGAAUUAAAAAUAUUAAAUGUUUUGAAAAUGAAAUUGAGAUAAAGCACUUCUUUGAACAUUUAGUAGACAUAUGUUUAAUUCAUUCUGAUUAUGUAAAAAAUGAAGCUUAUGCAUUGAUGCAUUCAAAACAAGAAGCUUUACAUUUUAUGAAAUUCUAUCAGCAGAUUUUUAAAAAUAUGAAAUUUUUAGAAUUGGAAAAUCAAAAUAUAGAAAUAGAGAUAUUAAAUAAAGAAGAAGAAAAAAUAUUUUGGAGUAACAUAAGAAUGAAAAAAAUAGAUUUUUAUAUUUGUUGUAAAAAGCAUAAAUAA